AUGGCGCGCACACGUUCGAAACCCGCAAAGACGACGCCCAAGGAAUCCACACCUGAACCCACCACUUCCACAGCCAAAUCGCUACCUGCAAGCACCUCGAAUCCCCCGAAACUCUUCGUACUACCAAAAGACACAUCCAAAGAUGCGCACAUAGUCAGUCUCGACAAUCCCGCAAACGAGACACCAUCAAGAUACUACUUUUGCCCUGAGAAAGGCUUCUAUGAGUUCACGCGCAUCGCAGCGCCGAAGAAAGACUGCAAGAGUUGGUUGAUAACGGGAGAGAAAAGCGAAGGAGACAACACAGAAGCGACAGAUGCUUCAAGAAUAGGAAGCGGCUACAUCACCAAAUCCGCCGACUUGUUCAUCGCAACACCAAUCGACAUCCUCUUCCUCGUUCUACCCGCCCUCACACCAAAGUCAGCAAAAGACACCAAACAACACUUCCUCGCCUUCGAUGAUUACCUCGACACACUCUCUUCGGCUUCGCCGCAUUGGAAAGCGCUAUCGUCACAAUACUCCACGUUGAAAACCAUGGUAGAAAAAAGGAUGAGAAGAAUAUGCGACACAGUCGACGCAGGCGAAGAAACCAUGUACCGCCUCUCCCACUCCAAACUUCUCGAAGUCCUGCUAGCAAAAGCCGAGCGCAUGAUAAAGAACGGACUCCCACCGUCCCUAGAAGAAAGGUACAUCAAGACCGCUUUAGAAAUCCCCAUUAUGAGCAUAAAGCGGGAGGAAAGCACAUUAAGUGCCGUCUCAGCAACUACAGAUGCAGAAGAAGAAAAGGAGAACAACCGGACAGCCGACUCUCAAACAAGCGUGGAAACCACCAUAACAACACCCGACGACGCCCCCUCAAAACCUACCCUCACAACCCCCAAGGAGAUCCCGCAACUCCUCCGCCUCCGGACAUCCCUAACUUACCUCCUUUCGUCUUACGUCCCCCCAGUGCUGCGUCCUUCUCUUCUCGCCCUCCUAACCUCACGCUUCACACCUCUCGACGCCCACCUAUCCUCCAUCGCCGCCCUAAAGUCUGAAGCCCUCUCUUUACGCUCCCUCUCCGAUAACAUAAGCCGGAAGCGCGCUAUUGAAUUGGACGAAGAAAAAAUAGCGGAACGAGAGGAGAAGAAGAGGAAAAAAGAGGACGAGGAGAGGAAGAAGAAGAGUGAGGGAAGAGGGGUUAAACAGCUGAAGAAAGUUGAUACAAGUGGUAUGAGGAAGAUGAGUAGUUUUUUUACCGUCAAGCCGAAAGGGAAGUAG